UCUUGAAAUAAAUAUUUUAUGAAUUGCUUAACACAUAGUGGUCUUUUCAAAUCAUUAUGGACUCGUCCAAUUUAUAGAGCAGGCAAUUUGUACACUUGGGGAGUUCACAGUUUAGGCUGCGGAAUCAAUUAGGACUCAAAAGGAGAUUAAUUGAGACCAAGAAGAAUAGAUGAAUUUAAUGGUAAUGUGGCUAAGGUAUAUCCAAGCGAAUACUUUACCGCUGUCAUUACAGACAAUGGUGAUUUAUAUACAUUCGGUCACAAUAACUAUGGACAAUUAGGUUUAGGCAACACAGAAGAACAUCAAACACCUCAAUUGGUUAGAUACUUCAGAGAUAAAGGAUUAAAAGUGACCGAUGUGGCUUUGGGAUCAAAUCAUGCAGUUGCUUUGGCUUCUGAUGGAAAUGUUUAUACUUGGGGAAAUGCAAACAACUCAAUUUGGGAUUAAUUCUAAGGUAAAGCUAGUGGAUUAGGAGAUAACUAUUAGAAUAAUGUUGCAACACCUUAAGCAGUUGAAAAAUUAGUUGGCACUCCAAAAGGUAAAUUUGUUAGUGCUGGCAUCGAUUACUCUAUUGUUGUGAAUGAAAGCAAUUAAGUCUAUGUCUGGGGUGCAGGAAAGAGAGGAGAAUUAGGUAAUGGAUGCAGUCUCAAUUUCAAAUAUCCAGAACUUAAUCCAAUAUUUGAAUAAUUGAGCAAAUCUGGUUACACCAUCUAGAAGAUCAAAUCCUGCUUUGCUGGAACAUUAGCCUUAUUAAAUGAGGGAAUAGUUGUUGGAUGGGGUAGAAGUUACUAUGGUUCAUUGGGAGUCAGACAAUAAGAAUAUGUUGUUACAGAUUUAGAAAAUUAUACACCCACUCCAGUUAAUUAGAAAUACUUUUAGCCUAAUGAAAAAGUGAUUGAUUUUGAUCUUGGAUAUAAUCUUUCCUUAUUUUUGACAGACCAAAAUAGAAUCUAUUUAUCAGGAUUCGAUGAGAGCUAUGUUCCAAGACCCAUUGAUUUACCUAAGGAUGAAAAGAUUCUUAAGUUCUCUGCCUCAAAUAACAGUUAUGCAAUUUUAACAGACAAGAACUUUUACACAUCAAAUGAGUUUGUCAUACCAUAAUAGAAAAGGAACUUAGGAUUCUUAUUCAAAAGUCAACCAAAAGAGUUAUUUGAUAGUGGCAACAUUGAAUAGUUUGGAGGUGGAUAUAGAGUCAGAUAUGCUAUAGUAAAUAAUUGAAAUGGCUGCAUCUAAAUAUCAAUAUAUAAAACAUUAUUGUUAUUCAAUUCUUAAUAAAA